ACUCCAUGCAACUGCGAAGCACGAACCCAGCUCAGCUCAACUCUAACUCGACUCGAAUCAACUCGACUCAGCUCCAGCAUUUCAAUCGCCCUUUCUUUAUUUUAAUCUUUGUCACCACAGUUGACAAUUUUAAGGGAAAACAAAAACAAAAUCACCAUUCUCUCCCCCCACCCCCCACAAAAUCAAAGCAAACCCUAGAAAUUGAUUAUUCCAUAAUUUCCCUUUCCUAUCCCAAAUAAUUUAAACUCAUCUUCACUCGAUCGAGCUUUUGCUCUCGUCCAAGCUGUCUUUCUCUUACCUCAAAUAAGAUUGAAAUAGAGUAGCUGAGCAGGGUCUUCUGCAGUCUGCACUAUCUGUUACUGUUCCCUAGAUAAUUAUUUGUGAUCAUAGGAAAAUGUGCUUACCUAUGGGUGAUGAUGAGCCAGCGAUGAGAUGCAUGUGAGGCACUUGGUUACUUUCCAAAUGCUUUGAUCUCUCUGUUUAUCUCUGUCUUCCUUUGUCAGGACUUUGAGAUGGGUUCUUGCUGCUCAUCCGUAGCCAAUGGAAAAAGUGGCAGCAAUAGAGACGGCCUAGUUACAAAUGCCAGGGCUACAACAACCUGUGCUUCACCUAAGAAGCAGAAGCAAAGGCAGGGGUCAGGUAGGUGGAGGAAGAAACCAAGUGGGUUAGUGCCAAUGGAUGAAGCAGAGCUCAAUCUCAUUCCAGGGAGAAUGUUUCUGAAUGGUGCCAGUAGUGUUGCAUGCUUGUAUACCCAACAGGGGAAGAAAGGAACCAAUCAGGAUGCCAUGCUUGUUUGGGAGAAUUUCAGUUCGAGAAGUGAUACAAUAUUCUGUGGUGUAUUUGAUGGUCAUGGUCCUUAUGGUCAUAUGGUUUCCAAGAAAGUACGAGAUUCUCUUCCUGUUAUAUUAUGUACCCAAUGGAAAGCUAGUCCUACUGGUGAUCAGAGUGGUCUUAAUAAGAGCGAAAAUGCUCCUGAAAGCACCGUGUCUGAGGAUGCUGCAUCUUUGAGCAUGGAUGAUGAAUGCUUCGAGUCAUUGGAGAUUGAAGAAAAUGAACAGCUCCCGGAGAUGUAUCUACGUCUUAAGCGGUCUAUGAUAAAAGCUUCCAAAUUAAUGGAUAAGGAGUUAAAGCUGCAUCCAACAAUCGAUUGUUUCUGCAGUGGGACGACUGCUGUUACUUUGGUGAAGCAGGGUCAUGAUCUUGUAAUUGGAAAUAUUGGUGACUCAAGAGCAGUGCUGGCAAUGAGAGACAGAGAUAAUUCUCUGAUUGCUAUCCAAUUGACUGUUGACCUGAAGCCUGAUUUGCCAAGGGAAGCAGCUAGAAUUCAGCAAUGCAAGGGAAGGGUUUUUGCCUUGCAAGAUGAGCCUGAGGUUGCACGUGUAUGGUUGCCCAAUAACGACUCACCUGGUUUGGCAAUGGCUAGAGCUUUUGGGGACUUCUGUCUAAAGGAUUUUGGUUUGAUUUCUGUGCCAGAUGUUUUCUAUCGCCGCCUUACUGAAAGAGACGAAUUUGUUAUUCUUGCUACUGAUGGGGUUUGGGAUGUGCUUUCAAAUAAGGAAGCCAUCGAUAUUGUGGCGUCAGCCCCUAGUCGCUCAACAGCUGCUAGGGCUCUUGUAGAUUGCGCGACUCGAGCAUGGAGGCUUAAGUACCCUACUUCUAAGAAUGAUGAUUGUGCUGUUGUAUGCCUCUUUCUCGAAUAUUUGCCUGCAAUUAAUGGAUCUGCAGAAGAAAACAACAUAACAAGGACUUCCAAGGAAUCCGGAGAAACGACGGUGGCUAUUGCCGAUAAUAAAGGAGAUUCUCAGAGUUUAGGUGUUGGUGAAUCAGACACAUUUCAUGGUUGUAUGGAAAUCGUUCCCGCAACAGAAGAGUCGGAAGAAAAAUCAUCUUGGAAGUUGGGAGGGCAGUCGAGGAGGAGUCUCGCAGAGUGCAUUUCGGUUGCGGAAGAAGAAGAGUGGUCAGCCUUGGAAGGUAUUACAAGAGUUAAUAGCUUAUUGAGCCUACCUAGGUUUCUAUCUGGUGAUAAAAGAUCAACAAGCUUGAGAAAAAAAUGGUUAUGAGAGAAGUUAGUUAGUUAGACGGGCAAAAUAGACAUGUUUGGGUGAUCUCACAUUACUGAAUUAUGAAUCAUAAACUAAAUUCGUUGUUUGGUGUUUUUAAA